CUCUCUCGCUUGGGUUUAGGGUUUCCUUGGAGGAGUUGGAUUGAUUUCGAUCGAAUUCAUCAGAGAGAGAAGAUGUCUCAAAAUGGCAAAUUGAUGCCCAAUCUGGAUCAAAACAGUACAAAAAUCCUUAACCUUACUGUACUUCAGAGAAUGGAUCCUUACAUUGAGGAGAUCUUAAUCACCGCCGCUCAUGUUACCUUCUACGAAUUCAACGUUGACCUCAAUCAAUGGAGUCGCAAGGAUGUUGAAGGGUCUCUCUUUGUGGUUAAAAGGAAUGCCCAGCCAAGGUUUCAAUUUAUAGUAAUGAAUCGGAGAAAUACAGAAAAUCUAGUUGAGGAUCUUUUAGGGGAUUUUGAGUAUGAACUUCAAGUUCCAUAUCUCCUUUAUAGAAAUCCUGCUCAAGAAGUCAAUGGUAUUUGGUUCUACAAUCCACGUGAGUGUGAAGAUGUUGCAAAUCUUUUUACUAGGAUACUCGGUGCAUAUUCAAAGGUCCCUCUCAAGCCAAAAGUAAACAAAAGUGAAUUUGAGGAACUUGAAGCUGUACCUACCUCUUCAGUAAUUGAAGGACCACUAGAACCACCAUUUACCACUUCAAGCUCCACAGAUAUCCCUGAAGAUUCUUCAUUUGCAAACUUCUUUGGUAAUACUAUGAAUCUUGGACACCAUCCAUCCAACUCAGUCAAUUCCAUUCCACCAUAUCACACCUCCACAUCAAUUCCAUUACAUUCCCGUGUUGCAUCUUCCCCUUCACUCAACCAUACGCCACUCCAAAUGCCAUCCUUUCCUUCAUCAACCUCCGGAAUCGGAAUCCCACUCCAUGAAAGUCAAGACCAGGUCAACAACAACAACAAUAACAGUACACGUGUCACUAAUCUUAUCAAACCCCUUUCUUUUUUUACACCCUCUCCAACUCCAACUCCAACUCCAACUCCAUUGAUGACACAUUCCAUUCCACCAUCUAUUCCAGGGGCUCCUGUUCAACCACGGAGCCAUGGGAUUCCAUUGCUCCAACCAUUCCCCCCACCCACCCCACCCCCUUCCCUUACCCCUGGCUCCAGUUCUUCUCCAAAUUAUGGUUCAUUCAGCAGGGAAAAAGUCCGUGAUGCCCUUCUAAUGCUUGCCCAGGAUAAUCAGUUCAUUGAUUUGUUCCACCAAGCGUUACAGAAAGUACACCAACAAUGAUUAUAGUCACUCAGUCAGUCCACAUUCGAAUUAUGUUUUUUUUUUGCACCCCAAUUGUUGGAUGUGAGUCUUGAUUGAUGAUGGCAUGUUGUUUUGUUUUUUUUUAUAGAAAUAGGAAGUUGGAAGGUGGAAGUUGUUGGAGUCGAUAUAUGAUAUAUGAACUUUUGGGUGUUUUUAUGUAGAGUUGUGUGUAUUUAGUAUGGUUUAUUUUUGGGUUUGUGAAUUGGAUCUUGGUUGGUAUAUAAGUUUUCAUUAUGCUUUUUAA